GAAGACGUGACGUACAUACUCGGCAGUGUACAGUGCACCAUGGUGUGUAGCUAUGGCAUAGUUAAAGUGGGAGAAACCCGCGUAUGACCGUCCUCAGCCGUGAGCCAGUCCCGUGUGAACGACCGUGAAGUGAACCUCGGAUGGUGUGCACACCUGAGGACCUUGACGCUGCAGGAUAACAAGCGAUGGCGACACUGACCGAGGAAAGUAAACGAUCGUCAUCGGUGCGCUCUCCCGCGAUCGGCCAAUUUUGAUGAAGAAAAAGAGAAAGAGAGAACAGGGCAUCACGUGUUACAUUCGUUUUUCUACGGAGAAAUUCGUCGGUCCAGAUUUCACGUGGACCUCGUUCGGCAAUGUGCGUUACGUCUCGCGAAUGUCUGCAUUGUGAAUCGAGCGCGGUGAAAUUCCGUAUCUCGAAUGUAAGGCGCGAGACGGAGGACCUCUGCCGCCCGAACGAUAAUUAGCUUGAUAAUUGCUUGAUAUUUGCUUUACGUGAAACUGGUGGCGAUAUUUGCAAAGUGCACGCGACCAGCUGUCGCGUUUGAAAGUGAUCAUCGACUUAUGAAUCAAUUACCUACCUGUUGAUAUGUUCCGCAUUUCAGUACUGAAGAGAUAUUCCGUGUUUCAAAUGAGAAGGCUCAUUUGAAUUUUUAAUCCGCUAUUUAAUUGUUGAUUUUUAAAGCUGACGUGCUAACAUUUCUCGGGAACUGUACUAGGUGCCGAUGUGUCGGUUAUUCCUUAUUGAAUUUACAUGAUUCUCUCUCCGAUUACACUGCCUACACAUUUUCACUCGUGACAGUUAUCUUGAAAAGGUGAUUUACUAGUUUUUUUCGUGGACCAAGAGAAAAUUACGCGAAAAAAGCUCCAGCAGUGAAAAAACAGUGAAGCCUUUCACAUUAAUGUUCAGCGAAGUCGCAAGAUAAAACGACAAGGCAGUGACAAGUAAACAAGACCAAGUGUCUAAGACGAGCUUAAGCUUUUCCUCGGUUAUUAAGCUGAAGUCCGGUGCGGCACUUUGGCCGAAAACCUGACGUGUAUACCGGACCGAUUCACCGCCAAGUAGGUCAACCAGUGUGUGCGAGAGUGUGAGACUGAGUUGGAGGAAAAAGGAACGAGAGGAAGGAUUAGUAAGAGGAGGAGGAGGAAGGAGACGAAGGGGGAAAGAGAAAGAAUGGCGUGCCGUAGGCAGCGUCCGUGAAGUCGGCUCUCCUGAUGCCCGGCGGCCUGCUGUAAGCUCGCGAUCCAACAUGGCGAACAUCGGUAGUCAUCACUGCUCAUUUCGAAUCGACUGCGAGCGACCCGGGUGCAUCAAGUCCUGAAGGAGAAGCCCGCGCGAUAUCGCGUCCUUGACGUAUCUUUCAUCUCGCCAAAACGAGCGGGCAUUGCGGAGACAGCUUAUGGCGAUCAUGGCGGGUCCGAUGGGGUCGAAGGUCCUCGUGACCUUGACGAUCCUUGCUCUGUUGUUCGAAGCGUUGGCCAUACAGAACGACAAAACGUCCUCUCGACUCUCACGAGAGAAUAUCGUGUUGAGUGCCAGCGCUUACACUGGUCCUGAAAAAACGUUCAGUACGAAUCUACCGGGAGUGUCGUUGAAUUUCCAAAAGACCGUACCGGCGUUCCAGCUGGAGAGUUCGAAGAGCGUGAACGGUUACGAGGGGGAGAAGACCAGGUUCGUAUUCAAAGAUAUGAGCCGCGACGAGUUCAUCGACGAGCUGACAUCCUCGAAGCACGUGGCAAAUAUCGACGGUAACAACAUCGAGGUGAAACCCGGUGAAUACUACCAAAUUGUGCCAACUACGAGCGAUGUCGCGAGAAGGUCAAUGUCGGGGGAAGGACAGGGGGCUCCGCAGAGACCAAAUCUCCUGUCGGAGCCCCAUCAGCCGGUUGGCGGGUCGAAGCUACGAUCACAACAUUCGCCAGUGACGGAUCUGCAACGAAGAGGCCGUCAAGAGAUCCCCAGGAUCUAUAGCGAACACGCGCCCCCGCCGGUUCUGCAGACCGCCACGCCAGGUCAGAGGCAGGCGAAUCCCGAUAUACAGGACAUUAUCACCGGCAUUGUCAAAUUGCUCAACGGCAACGUCAACGUGGCCGCCAAUACCGUAAGACCGUUGAGGCCGGUGCAGGCCACGAGGAUUAAUAAUCGAGGGCCGCCCAGGAUUUCGGACGUGCCACCGUUGCCGCCGGAUUUUGACACCCCCGGCAUGAACCCACCGCCACCACCCUCCUCUCAUCCUUAUCCAUUCGAAAAACCUCCUGCACCUGACAAACCGUCGUUGAAUCAGCUGCCACCUGAAAGGCCCAUCAGACCGUUCAUUAACGGAGUGCCACUACCAGAGCAAAUCGUGCCGCCUUGGAAUUGGGAUUCUUCUCAUGGUGGAAAUAGGCGACCAGUGUUGUCCCAUAAACCACCGCUCUUAGAUUCCACCUUUCAUCGUGACAGGAACUUCUCGAUGACAGAGAACUCGCACUAUGAUUUAAAACCGGAAUCUGAAACGCCUCAGGAGAGCUCGACGAAAAAGAAAGACGCUAGUCAUCAGGGAACACACACUGACGACUAUGAGAUUAAGAAUCACACGAGCAGCUCCACUGACAACAAAAAUCGAAUCGAAACUACGACGACCAUUGAUGACUCAGUCCUUCAGAAUGUAACAAAGAGACCGGAAGCCGAGGAGUCCACGAAGAAGAGCCAAAAGCUUCACCCACCUUCGAAGGAGAAUAACGUCAAUGCUGAAGAGACGUUGAUCCUCGGCAUUGCUACCGACGGCAUCGCUCCGACUCACUCGAUGCAAUAUCCAGCACCUUCGAAGACAGCAGCUUCCUCGAAUAGCCAACUUAAAGUUACGAAAUCUUCAAAAAACGAGGACAAAGCGACCGCGACCAUCAAAGGGGAAAAACCGACCGAGAAAACCGUCUCGGCCGUCCCAAAGAUUACAGCCACGAAGGUUUUCUCGACCAGCACCCUGAACAUCGAGACCAGCUCGUCCGUCCAAGUGAUCGAGUCCACACCGACGAGGUUUAAUCUCCGGCCUACUAUGGUUGCUACGGAAUCGGCGUUUGACUCCAAGUCUAGUGUGGUGAACUUGGAGCCUAGCAGAGUAUCAGAUAUCGAGUACACAACGCCCGCAUCUAGCGUCUCGACGCCCACCGAAAGUCUGCCUACUAGCUACUCGAAGAGCUCGACGACGAUAGAAAAGAGCGCCAUUCAUCCUGCGACCUUUACGAAAAAUACAGGAUCUACGGAACAUUACCGACCACGGCCUGGAAUUGUCCUGGAUGACACUCUGGAUUACACCGGUGCGCAGGGAUUACCGAGUCAGAGACCUUAUUCUCCUUCGAGACAUCCGCCUAUCGGUGACGUGUUCGAUGUGACCGUUUCGGCGAUUCAGGGACCCGGAGGAAGUUCCGGGGAGAGCAUCAGGGUGUCCGUGAAUCCCGGUGGCGGUGAUAUUAUAUUAACAUCCGCUGUCGGUGGGCAAGGUUACGUGAGCAUUGAUGGUAAACGGACGUAUUUGAAUCUGUUUGACAACACGGAUCGAACACCGACGGGACCCACGCACGUUCAACCGCAGCCAACCAGAACUCAACCGCCGCCCAUCAUCGGUACCGGUCUCGCCAUUCCACAACCGGAUGCUCCAGUUGCCACUUCACGCCCAAAUGGACCCAAUCGGAGGCAGCCACCAUUAUAUCGUAGACCGACACAGCCACCUGUCAGAAUAGACACUUGCAUCGUGGGCGACACGAGUACGUGCGAUGCGAGUCAACACGAGGCCUGUGCAACUGUUCAAGGGGUAUCGGCUUGUCACUGUAAGCCGGGAUACGCGAGAUUGCAGCAUUCAUUGCCGUGCAAGAAAAUCGUCAGUAUCGUCGUGUCAAUCAGAGUGGACAAAUUUUACGACAAGAAAAUCGUAUGGGAUCGAGGAUUAUCCGACAAGGACUCAGAAUCUUAUCAGACUCUUGCUUAUGAGGCGAACAGAGCUAUUGAAUCUGCCAUGUCUAUGACACCGUUCUCGGAUGAGUAUAUGGGAUCGCAAAUAAACAAUGUUUACCAAGGCGACGUAAGCCAAGGGCAAGGAGGUGUUUUCGUAAACACGACCCUGAAGCUCACCUAUGAACCGAGAACGAUCAGACCGAGUUUAGCAGGCGAGCUGCAAAGGCAUUUGUUGGGUGUUAUUCAUAGAAGGAAUAAUAACAUCGGUAACAGCGCUUUAUAUGUGGACAGCCCGCCUGGGUCGAUAUCGAACUUGCAGGAUUUGGAUGAAUGCGCUUCGUCAGAGUUGAACGAUUGCCAUUCCUCCGCCAGCUGCAGCAACACCUUUGGAGGUUUCACGUGCAGCUGUAAUCUAGGAUUAAAGGAUCCUCACAAGGACGAUCCCAACGAGUCUGGCAGAACGUGCUUGUCGUGUCCCUCAACCUAUUGCAAUAAUCGCGGCUCAUGCUCUUACCAAGGGGAUCAGAUGCAGUGCACGUGCACCGGCAAUUACUACGGCGCUCAAUGCGAGGUCGACGGUGAAGUCUUGGGUGUCGCAAUAGGCGCAUCUGUGGCUGCAUUAGUAAUCAUAGUGUUGACGCUAGUUUGCCUCGUUAUGUGGAGUCGAAGGUGGUCUCGCGAACAAAAGUCCGUAGGAUCUCCAGUAUACGGUUACAUUCAGAGUGGAAUACCCGGCACUCUUCCAGGUACUUUAGCGAGGGUUGGUUCUGUAGGCACCCUGGCGUCCGUAAAACAAGGACCGCCGACUAAUCUGCCUCCUUAUAUGUGGGCCCACUUCGGAGAACACAUGGCUACAGCGAAUGUCUAUGCGACCGAACCUAUGGGCCCGACGCGACCGAGCUCAGCGAUGUUCGGUUACCCAUCCAUGAACGUCCACGGCACAUUGCCUCCGGUCCCAUUACCGCGGCUGCAGGCCCCCCCGCGGCCUCGACAGAGAUCCCAGCCAGAUCCGGAUAGCUCGGAUUCCGAGCCGCAGGAUAAGGAUAGGGCCGACCUAAUUCCGCAGAGCAGCGGUUUUCACGUGCCCAGGCCGAAGUCAAGAUCCUCAUUAGCUAAUCAAAGUGGCAUUUAUAAUGACGUGGAGUACGAUCAGGGUGACGUUCACCACUUGUCGAAGAACAACAUCCCGAUGUCUACUUACAGGCCGUAUUACAGAACGUGAAAUCGUGCAAUUCGAGAAGCGGCGCGCGUUCGCGAACGUGCAUCGAGGGACACCGCCGCAUAACGCGUCGCGAUACAUUUACCGCCUCGGGUGUUCGAUAAGUAGCGCAUUACGACACGCGCGAUAUUGCCAAUUCGAAGUAAUGUCGCGCUAGAAACUGUGACUCCAAGAAUCUUAUGUAUGCGUGAACGCGAAAUGAUCAACAUGUACGAACAGAAUUCGCAAACACGGAGGCGGUAGUGGAAGCCUAAUCGUGAACGCGCGUAUUAAGCAGAUUAAAUCGUUGAAGUCGUGUUCUCGUAGUCACGCGACAGUAUGUGCUUUUACGGUACACCGAUACUACAAUUCCCAGUGUGUAGUAUGAAUAUAUUUAUUAUUCAUUAAUUUCCCGAUCAUCGAUUUCCCAAUCGAUAUUUUCUGUAAAAUCCAAAAAGUUGUUGAGUAGCUUUAGCGAGGGAAACGUGUCAAUCGCCUAUAUGUAAGUUUCUAGUUGUUGAAUGAUUAAGCUCAAUACUCAGAUUAAGAAUAAUUUAUAACUACGAAUAAUCGACUGCGACUUUAUCUGAUAAGCGGAUACUAAUGAGCACCGCGUUACGAAUUAAGUAAUUUAGAGUACAGAAUGAUUUAAGAUUCGUAUUAAAUAAUUUUAAAGAGUCUAUUCUUAGAGAGCACAUUUUAAAAAAGACUUUAAUAUAAUUACGAUUAACUUAUUGAAACUUCUCUCUGAAAAAGAUAAUUCGGGGAUAGUAAAUUGUUAUUUCCUAGCGCGCCCUGUCUACACCGUAAGGUACUGAUAGUACUUAAAUUAGCAAUCUUAAGCAAUCUCUGUAAUUAUACAUAUAUAUAUAUAUAUAUACACACUAUUUUUUUCAGAUUAAGUACAUAAAGUAAUUUAAAUUUUAAUUCAUUUAUUAUUUCAGUUCUGUAAUGUACCUAACAUGUAUAAACCUGGAGAGGGGAGGAGGGAGAGGAAGUGGGUGAGGUGUAAAAUAGAAAAUUUACAAAAAUGUACGAAGCUGCGAAUCAAUAAACGAUAACGGUAAACAAUAACGGUGUACGAAGCUGCAAAAUUAAUAAACGAUAACGGUAAAUAGGA